AUGGAAAAAGGUGAGAGGAAAAAUUGUGCAUUUUUAGCACAUAUCGGAGAAGAUAUAAAUUCACCUCAUAGAAAUGCUGAGAAAGCAGUUGCAGACCUCAUGAACCAACCAACACAUAUUGGAAGAAGGUUUGCGAACUUCACAUCACAAGAAAUUGCUGACAAUAGACUUCAUUUGAAAACAUCAAUUGAGGGGAUUAGGUGGCUCGCAUUUCAAGCAUGCCCUUUUAGAGGUCACGAUGAAUCUAAAACUUCAAUUAAUCGAGGAAACUUUUUAGAGUUAUUGAGUUUCAUAACGUCCUACAAUGAUAAGGUAGCCGAAGUUUUGGAUAAAGCUCCACGAAAUGCCACAUAUACAUCACCAACAACGCAAAAACAAGUUUUACAUGUCUUGGGAAAUAAAGUGAGAAACGCGAUUCGUGAAGAAAUUGGUGAUGCAAAGUUUUCAGUAAUAGUUGAUGAAGCACGAGAUGAAUCUAAGAAAGAACAAAUGUCAAUUGUUUUGAGAUUUGUUGAUAAAGAUGGUUAUGUGCAAGAACGUUUUUUCGGGCUUAUUCAUGUCAAAGACACUGCUGCUUUAACAUUAAAAGAAGGUAUUUUCUCUAUACUCUCUAAUUAUAGUCUUGAUCUUCAAUCUAUUCGUGGACAAGGUUAUGAUGGCGCAAGUAACAUGCGUGGACAAUGGAAUGGUUUGCAAGCAUUAAUUUUAAGUGAAUGUCCUUAUGCUUACUAUGUUCAUUGUUUUGCACAUCGUUUGCAAUUAGCAUUAGUUGCUGCAUCUAGAGAAGUUAUUCCUGUCCAUCAAUUUUUUACAAAGUUAAACUCCAUUGUUAAUAUUGUUGGUGCUUCAUGUAAGCGCAAUGACCAACUAAAAGCUGCUCAAGCUGCAAAUAUUGCUCAUUUACUUGAGAUUGAUGAACUAGAAAGUGGAAAAAGGACUCAAUCAAAUUGGUUCUUUACAAAGGGCAGGUGA